UUCUGGGUUUCUUGAUAACUCAUACACAAAUUAGUCAAUAUCUGAGAAAAAUGGUAUAUUAGCUUCUUUUGAAGGUCAUGCUGCAGUAAAGUCCUCAUUGUAAAUGCUUUUCUUUUUAUUUUUUGUAAAACAGUUAUUACAACAGGAUAAAGGAGAGUUUUGAUUCCCUAAUGGACAAAAUAUUUGCAGUUCUUAAUUUGUAGUUUUAGUUUUGGAAGGCUUUCAAGAUUCAGAACACUGUAUUGCAGUAGUCUAAUUGGAGGAGUUAGAAGACAAUGGCAGAACAAAGGAUUUCUCGAAUGAAGAAGGGGGAAGAGGUCUGAGCUGUUUUUUCUGUUUCCUAGGGAAUGAGUGAUUAUUUUAACUCAUAAGUAACAGCUGUCUUCCAUCAUGAAAUGCAAGUGAAGUUAAGAUAGAAGGUGACUUCUUCUCUUCCAACUGUUCCCAAUCCAUUUAUCUUCCAUAUCCAGUUUCAAAUCUUCUUUUUGCAUGGUUGCAAAGGAACCUUCUUGUCUUUAACUUGAACAUUUCCUUUCUUCUUCUAAUCAAGCCUACAGAUAUAGCCCCUGUAUGCUCAGCUGAAAAGGAAACCACUUUUUUUUUUUUUUUUUUGACAGUGAAACUUCACUGCCAAAAUGAUCUUGGACUGCAGGUGGCUAGAGGUAUAUGAUACAAGUUAGUUUGUCAGCUUUGGAACACAUCUGAAGGGCAGACUCUUCAGGAAGGGUGAGCUGCAGCUCCAAUCCUAUGAUUAGCCAAGUCUAGUUCUGCCUCCUUUAGCUUCCAAGACCUUGAAGAUCCAUUGCAAGUUCUGCUUUCAGAAUUUUCUCAUGUGAAAGAUCGUUCUUGAACCAUGGAGGUGCUGCAGUGUGAUGGCUGCGAUUUUCGAGCUCCAUCGUAUGAAGACCUUAAAGCUCAUAUUCAGGAUGUUCACACUGCUUUCCUGCAGCCAACCGAUGUCUCGGAGGAAAGCCCUAGCCAGCCAAGGUCUGGUUCCAUGAAUGCUAGCAACCAGACUGAGGUUGAGUUUUCUUCCGUAAAGGAUGAAUUUACGAUUGCAGAUGAAAUAGCAGGGCAAAAUGCAACAAGUCAGAUGGGGACUGGAAGUUACUAUAACCAGAGCCAGACUUUCUAUGGUCAGCAUAUGGCUCCAAAUCCUAAACCAACCAACAAAUUUUUCCAGUGCAAGUUCUGUGUGCGCUACUUCCGUUCCAAAAACCUCCUCAUAGAGCACACACGCAAGGUUCAUGGAACGCAGGCUGGGGGGAGCUCAGUGGGGCCACCAACCACUAGUUCCUUAAAUUACAACAUCAUGAUGCAUGAAGGGUUUGGCAAAGUUUUCAGUUGUCAGUUCUGCACCUACAAGUCACCCAGGCGUGCAAGGAUUAUUAAGCACCAGAAAAUGUAUCACAAAAACAACCUGAAAGAGAGUUCAACUCCCCCUACAGCUGCCACUGCUAUAUCUGAAUCAACAUCUGCUUCUGUGCCAGUGCAGGAACCCUGCAAGGAGCUGCCUGCAGAGGUGGUGGAGCGGAGCAUUUUGGAGUCCAUGGUCAAGCCCCUGACAAAGUCAAGGGGCAACUUUUGCUGUGAAUGGUGCAGCUACCAGACACCUCGAAGGGAGCGCUGGUGUGACCACAUGAUGAAGAAGCACCGCAGUAUGGUAAAAAUACUGUCAAGCCUGAGGCAGCAACAAGAAGGAACCAGUGCACCUGAUGUACAGAACAAGAGUGCCCAGAAUGCCUCCCCAAACUCUAACUAUAUGUCCAUGAAUACGACAGGACGUGAGAUGUCGAACGCUAAUGUCUCAAACUUCAGAAGCUCUAUGGGCAAUUCCCUUAUCAGGCCCAACUCUUCUACAUCUUCCAAGUUUUCUUCCGUGUCUUAUCCUCAAAUGAAGCCUAAGUCACCUCACAACUCAGGCAUGGUUAAUUUGUCUGACAGAUCCCGCUAUGGAAUUGCUGAUGUGACAAAUUCUUCUGCUGACCUGGAAACAAACAGUAUGCUAAAUGACUCCAGCUCAGAUGAAGAGCUAAAUGAAAUGGACAGCGAGAAUGGCUUGAACUCCAUGGAUCACCAGACCACAGGAAUGUCCGCAGAGCAGCUGAUGGGAUCUGAUGGCAACAAACUCCUGGAAACAAAGGGGAUCCCCUUUAGAAGGUAUAUGAACAGGUUCCAGUGUCCUUUUUGUCCUUUCCUGACUAUGCACCGCCGAAGCAUUUCCCGUCACAUUGAGAACAUCCACCUGUCUGGAAAGACAGCCGUGUACAAGUGUGAUGAAUGCCCUUUCACUUGCAAGAGUUCAUUAAAGCUUGGCGCCCACAAGCAAUGUCAUACAGGUACAACAUCAGACUGGGACACUGUGAACUCUCAGACCGAAAGCAUCGCCUCUUCUUUGAAUGACAGUGCUGUGUCUUAUGAGAGUGGAAAUAUAAAUGGCAGGAAGUCAGCUGGGAUGAUGGAGCCAGUGCAGCAGCAGCAGCAGCAGCAGCAACAACAACAGCAAUCACCCCAGCCCCAUUCACAGCAUCCAUACAAGUGCACAAUGUGCAACUAUUCCACCACAACUUUGAAAGGCCUCAGAGUUCAUCAGCAGCACAAGCACUCAUUCUGUGACAACUUGCCGAAAUAUGAUGGACCACCAUCCAACACACCACAAGAGAGUGAGGCAGAUGCUCACACCUCUGCCAGCACAGUGAAGAAGAGCCAGACCUCGAUCCUUGGGCUGUCAUCUAAAAAUAACUUUGUUGCAAAGGCACCUCGGAAGGUGUCAAAUGAUUUCCCUUUAGAUCUCUCACCAGUGAAAAAAAGAACUAGGAUCGACGAAAUAGCAAGCAAUCUGCAGAGCAAAAUCAACCAAAACAAACAGCAAGAAGAUGCUGUGAUUAAUGUAGAGGAUGAUGAGGAAGAGGAGGAAGACAAUGAGGUGGAGAUAGAAGUUGAGUUAGACAGAGAAGAAGAGCAAACAGAACCAAUGAUAGAAGUUUCCAGUUCUUACGCACCACAGCAAAUGUGGGGAAGAGAGGCUAAUGAUUCCCAGAAGGAGGCAAACUUCAGAAGCUUGCAGCAUGAUUACAAUUCUGCCAAUGGAGCAGAGAUUGAGCUCACUUUAUCAGAAGAUGAGGAAGAUUAUUAUUCUUCUGUCAGCAUGAAAGAACAUCAGAGCCCUAAUGCCUCUGUUCUGGGGGGCCAGUCAAACAUGUAUGGUACUGAUCAGAACAAUGAGAAUGCAGAGUUUAAUGACUCUGGCAGGCUUUACUAUUGUAAACACUGUGAUUUCAGCAACAAAUCUGCCCGGAGUGUUAGCACCCACUACCAGCGAAUGCACCCCUAUAUUAAAUUCAGCUUUAGGUAUAUCCUGGAUCCCAAUGAUCACAGUGCAGUAUACCGGUGUCUUGAGUGCUAUAUUGACUAUACAAACUUUGAAGACCUGCAGCAGCAUUAUGGAGAACAUCACCCUGAAGCUAUGAAUGUACUGAACUUUGAUCAUUCUGAUCUGAUCUACCGCUGUCGCUUCUGCUCUUACACAAGCCCGAAUGUUAGAAGUCUGAUGCCACAUUACCAAAGAAUGCAUCCCACAGUGAAAAUUAACAAUGCAAUGAUAUUUUCAAGCUAUGUUGUUGAGCAGCAAGAAGGGCUGAACACAGAGUCUCAGACACUGAGAGAGAUCUUGAAUUCUGCUCCAAAAACUAUGGCAACCUCCACCCCCGUGGCUCGCGGGGCUGGUGUGCCAGCUGGCUUUAACAAAAAUGCCGCCAAGAGUUUUAGUCCUGAAUGUGAAAAUCAGAAGGAACCUUCCGUCAAUACUGUGGUUGUUUAUGACUGUGACGUGUGUUCAUUUGCAAGCCCUAACAUGCAUUCGGUUUUGGUUCAUUACCAGAAAAAGCACCCCGAAGAAAAAGCAUCAUAUUUCAGAAUCCAGAAGACCAUGCGUGUCGUCUCUGUUGAUAGGGGCUCUGCCCUGGCUCAGAUGUCUUUUGAGAUGGGGACACCUGUCUCCCCAAAACUGUCCAGCUUGGCUUCUCAGCCUCCACCUCCCCCACCACCACCCCCAGACCUUGCUACUGAACUCUACUACUGCAAACACUGUUCAUACAGCAACCGCUCAGUUGUUGGAGUGCUUGUCCACUACCAGAAGAGGCACCCAGAGAUAAAGGUCACUGCCAAAUAUAUCAGGCAGGCACCUCCCACUGCAGCAAUGAUGAGGGCUGGUGAGCUGCCACCUGGUAUUCAGAGGCCACCAGUGUCAAUGCAGCAGUUGAGCCGAGGUGGUUCGGAGACCUCUGUGAAUCCUCCUGAGAAUGAAAUGUUUUUCUGCCAGCACUGUGAUUAUGGAAACAGGACCGUGAAAGGUGUGCUCAUUCAUUAUCAAAAGAAGCAUCGUGACUUCAAAGCUAAUGCAGAUGUGAUUAGACAGCAUACAGCCACCAUUAGAAGCCUUUGUGAUCGCAGCCAGAAGAAAUCAACUGGCAAUGUGCCUGCUCACACCUCUAGCACUGAACGGGACAAGUCAAAGCUGAGAGCCCUCAAGUGCAGGCAGUGUAGCUAUACUUCACCUUACUUCUAUGCAUUGAGGAAGCAUAUUAAGAAAGAUCACCCAACACUGAAAGCUACAGUCACAUCCAUUCUCAGAUGGGCAUUUUUGGAUGGCUUGAUAGAGGCAGGUUAUCACUGUGAAUGGUGCAUUUAUUCACACACAGAGCCAAGUGGUUUGCUUGUGCAUUACCAAAGGAGACAUCCCGAGCAUUAUGUUGAUUAUACUUACAUGGCAACUAAACUCUGGGCAGGUCCCGAUCCUUCCCCUCCUGCCCUAGUGAUGCCAACAGAGGCAAAGUCCUACAAAUGCAGAGAUUGCAUUUUUGAAGCAUCUUCCAUUUGGGAUAUUACUAAUCACUACCAAGCUUUUCACCCUUGGGCCAUGAAUGGGGAUGAAUCUGUGCUGUUAGAUAUCAUUAAGGAAAAAGAUGCUGCUGAGAAGUCUGGCACACAGCCUGAUGAAACUGGGAUCAGGAUGGAUUCUGAAGACCAGAUAACAACGUCACAGAUGGACCAGGAUGCAGAGUGUGCAGAGGAUCCCAGCCUUUCCCAAGAGAAAACGGUGCAGCUGGCUUCUGCAAACCCUGCCAUCUCCUCUACUCCAUAUCAGUGUACAGUAUGCCAGUCUGAAUACAACAACUUGCAUGGCCUUCUGACACAUUAUGGCAAAAAACAUCCUGGCAUGAAAGUGAAAGCUGCAGAUUUUGCUCAGGAUAUAGACAUUAACCCAGGGGCUGUAUAUAAGUGUAGACAUUGCCCAUACAUUAACACACGUAUUCAUGGUGUUCUCACACACUACCAGAAACGGCACCCAUCAAUAAAGGUCACUGCUGAAGACUUUGUGCAUGAUGUGGAGCAGUCAAAUGAUAUUGCUCAGAAUGAUGUGGAAGAGACGAGCAGGAUUUUCAAGCAAGGCUAUGGUGCUUACAGGUGCAAGCUGUGCCCUUAUACCCAUGGUACACUGGAGAAGCUCAAAAUUCACUAUGAGAAAUACCACAAUCAACCUGAAUUUGAUGUUUUUGCUCAAUCACCACCAAAGGUGUCUGCUUCACUGGAGCCAGACAUGGUGACUGAAAUCAAGGCCUCCCCAGAAAUUGCUGCUGAGGAUGUUGGAGAAAUCUCUGUUGCAGCACCUCAUUUCUCCAGUUCUCAUUUAGUGUCACACACAGUUUUCCGGUGUCAGCUCUGCAAAUAUUUCUGCUCUACCCGGAAGGGGAUAGCCAGGCACUACCGCAUCAAACAUAACAAUGUACGGGCACAGCCGGAAGGCAAGAACAACCUCUUCAAAUGUGCUUUGUGUUCCUACACCAACCCUAUCCGCAAAGGGCUUGCAGCACACUACCAGAAAAGACAUGACAUUGAUGCUUACUACACUCACUGCUUAGCAGCCUCCAGGACAGUAAGCGACAAACCCAAUAAAGUGAUCAUUCCAUCUCCUCCCAAAGAUGACACUCCUCAGUUAAGUGAGGAGCUGAGGAGGGCUGUAGAGAAGAAGAAAUGCUCGCUUUGUUCCUUCCAGUCCUUCAGCAAAAAGGGUAUUGUGUCCCACUACAUGAAGCGUCACCCUGGUGUUUUCCCGAAGAAGCAGCAUGCAAGCAAGCUGGGGGGUUACUUCACUGCUGUAUAUGCCGAUGAGCAUGAAAAGCCAACUCCAACUGAGGAGAGGAAUGACUUUGAGAAGCCUGAGGUGGAAAGUGAGGCUCAGGAAAUUGAGUGGCUUCCCUUCAGGUGCAUAAAAUGUUUCAAGCUGUCCUUCAGCACAGCGGAGCUGCUGUGCAUGCAUUACACUGACCACCACAGCAAGGAUUUGAAGAGAGACUUUACCAUACUGGGAAGUGGCACCCGCUCUCAGAAUGCUGUCUACCAGUGCAAGCACUGUGAUAUGAAAUUGCAUAGCACGGCAGAGCUGACUGCACACUUGAAUGGUCACAAUGAGGAAUUCCAGAAGCGUGCCAAACGUCAGGAGAGGAGGAAGCAGCUUCUGAGCAAGCAGAAAUAUGCAGAUGGUGCUUUUGCAGAUUUCAAACAAGAGAGGGCUUUUGGGCACCUGGAAGAUGUUUCAAAACUUAAAGAGAGGAAAGUGGUUGGUUACAAAUGUAAAUUUUGUGUGGAAGUCCAUCCAACGCUUCGAGCCAUCUGUAAUCACCUCCGCAAGCAUGUCCAGUAUGGAAAUGUCUCUUCUGUGUCAGCUACAGUAAAGCAGGAAGCUGAAGAUUCUUCAAACACAACUUUGGAGGGUUUUGAGGGAGCCAAAGACCCUGGCAUUGUGGAAUUUACAGAAGCUGAAUCUGGAGCAUCCUUGGAAGAUGAAACCAGGCCUGGGGGCUACCACUGCAGCCAGUGUGACCGGGUUUUGAUGUCUAUGCAGGGUCUGCGAUCUCACGAGAGGAGUCACUUGGCUCUGGCCAUGUUUACCCGGGAAGACAAGUACAGCUGCCAGUAUUGCUCCUUUGUCUCUGCAUUCAGGCACAAUCUGGAUCGUCACAUGCAGACCCAUCAUGGACAUCAUAAGCCGUUCCGUUGCAAGUUGUGCCCAUUCAAGUCCUCUUAUAAUAGCCGCCUGAAAACCCAUAUACUGAAGGCUCAUGCUGGUGAACAUGCCUACAAAUGUUCCUCCUGCUCAUUUUCCACCAUGACAAUCAGCCAGCUGAAAGAGCACUCCUUGAAAGUGCAUGGGAAAGCAUUGACACUACCAAGACCCCGCAUGGUCAACCUUGCAGCCUCACACGCCCACCACACCUCCAAGAACCACACUCCUGCUGAAGAAGUGGAGGACUCUAAUGACUCCUCAUACUCAGAGCCUCCUGAUGUUCAACAGCAGUUGAACCACUAUCAGUCUGCAGCUUUAGCCAGGAACAACAACAACGUCAGCCCAAUCCCACUUUCAGGGAGUGCUGCAGGAAUGGAAAAAACGGAAGCCAUCCUUAACUGUGAAUUUUGUGAAUUCUCCUCGGGUUACAUACAGAGCAUUCGGCGUCAUUACCGUGACAAGCAUGGAGGGAAAAAACUCUUCAAGUGCAAAGAUUGUUCCUUUUAUACAGGCUUUAAAUCUGCUUUUACUAUGCACGUGGAAGCUGGGCAUUCAGCAGUUCCUGAGGAAGGACCCAAAGACCUUCGCUGUCCUCUUUGCCUAUAUCACACCAAAUACAAACGCAACAUGAUUGACCACAUAGUUCUGCACAGAGAAGAGCGGGUCGUUCCCAUUGAAGUCUGUCGUUCCAAACUGUCAAAGUACUUGCAGGGAGUUGUUUUCCGCUGUGAUAAGUGUACCUUUACCUGCUCCAGUGAUGAGAGCUUGCAGCAGCACAUAGAGAAGCACAAUGAACUGAAACCUUACAAAUGCCAACUCUGCUACUAUGAGACCAAACACACAGAAGAGCUGGACGCUCACCUUCGAGAUGAGCACAAGGUGAGUCGUAAUUUUGAGCUGGUUGGACGGGUUAACUUGGACCAGUUGGAACAAAUGAAGGGAAAAACAGAGAGCUCCAGCAGUGAUGAGGAAGAAAAAGAAGACGAGUUAAGCCCCAAAACUGAAGAGAGAGAUCCCAUGAUGUUUUCUGACACUGGUCCUCCAGAGAAACGCUUCCCGUGCGAAUUCUGUGGCCGAUCAUUUACAGAAGGCUCUGAGUGGGAGCGACAUGUGCUGAGACAUGGCAUGGCACUGAAUGAAAGUAAGCAUGGGACCAGCGAGGACAGCCAGCCGAAGGAGGAUGUGGAGGAGACUGUUAGCACACUGCCAGAAGAAAAAGAAAGCAUUGAGAAAAUGGUGCUGGACUAUUCCCACAGCAGUGAAACAGUAGUCAGUGUGGUAGCUGCUGACAAACCUCUCCAAGAAAACCCGGAGGCCAAAAACGAAUAAGCAUUUGGUGUGAUUUUAACCAACGUACUUGAACAGUGAUGAGUGGGAUGGGGUGGGCGGGCGGGGCGGGCAGAAGGAAGAAAUAAAGCUGCUUUUAGGACUGAAUGAUCUAUUUUCAAAGCACUGGUACCUGUGUGAGUGUGUGUGUAUUAAAGUUAUUUAAGUGGUGGAAUAAGUGGCUCCAUUACAUCACUGCAUCUUUUCUUCUGGAUCUUGACAAUGGGAAGUUACAUUCGUCUUGGACUAAUGAAGAAACUCCCCAUAUUUCUACAUUACACAACGUGUUUUGCAGUGGAGACUUGGAUUGUUUGUGAAUGGAGGCAUCGUGAGCCUGGAAGAAGUAAGGGGAUAACUUUUCAACGCACAAAUUUUGGUGCGUUUUUCUAGUUUUAAUACAUAAUGCUUUUCCAGACUGAAUGCAACUGCUUUAGAAAUGAAAAGAAAAAAAAAAAAAAGAAAACAGAAACAAAACAGAAACUGCUUUGCUUAAAACAGUCACCUGUUUCCUAGUACCUCAAAA